AUGAAGUUUUCCGCCAUUACCCUCAGCUACGCACUGCUCGCUGGCUAUGUCUCUGCCGCUCCCAGCACCUUGAGCGAGCGUGUUGCUCGCAGACAAGGACGCUCUUCCAGGCCUAUUCAGCGCCUUGAUGUUGAAUCUGUUGCCAGUGGCAAUGACACCCACGUCUCUUACUCCAGCAACUGGUCGGGAGCCGUCAUCACCUCCCCUCCAGCUGGCCAGACUUUCAAGAGCGUCUCUGCUAGCUUUGUCGUGCCCACUCUCAAGGCUCCCUCGGGUGCUUCUUCUCGCGGCACCUACAGUGCCUCCGCCUGGGUUGGCAUUGAUGGCGACACCUACCAGAAUGCUAUUUGGCAGACGGGUGUUGACUUUACCAUUACCAAUGGUAAAGUGAGCUACGACGCCUGGUAUGAGUGGUUCCCCGAUUAUGCAUACGACUUCACUCUCGCCAUCUCCCCCGGCGAUACCAUCAAGACUACCGUCACUGCAACCUCUACCAAAGCUGGCACUGCAGUCAUCGAGAAUGUCACCACCGGCAAGAGCGUUUCCAAGUCUCUCACUUCUACUUACGCUCUUGGAGGCCAGAACGCGGAAUGGAUCGUCGAGGACUUUGAGGAAGGCUCCUCUCUCGUUAACCUCGCCAACUGGGGCAGCGUUGUCUUUACUGAUGCCACGGCAUCGACCGGAAGCUCCACUCUGGAUGCUUCUACUGCUUCAAUCAUCGACAUUCGACAGAACAACCAGGUGCUCACCAGCGUCACCAUUGACGGCUCAACUGUUACCGACACUUACGUCUAA